AAUCUUGCCAGCCGCAAGGACUCUUCAGUUGCUGACUUAAAGCCAACCCAUAGCGGGAAUUGGUGUUUGAAUGGCCCAGGGCCCCUUUUGGAAGAGAAUUAAAUGAACUUGAAACGCUGGUCGACAUCAUGAGGAAUGUUCACAUCCCUACCGGCCAACUUGACCAUUUUAUAUGGAGACACUGUGCUUCGGGAUACACAACAAAAAAGGCAUACAUAUUCCUUGAUGACUCAAACCCCUGCCUUGAUGAUAGCUACUGCAAACUAAUAUGGAAUCUGUAUGUUCCCCCCAAAGUCAGUGUUCUUAUCUGGCGUCUUCUUCUCAAUCGCCUCCCCUCUAAGGAGAAUCUAAUCCUUCGAGGCAUUGAUGAUUUGUCCAACACAAAUUGUGUUUUCUGCGGUGCCCAAAUGGAGGAUGUUAACCAUCUCUUUGCUAAAUGCAAGAAGGUCCAGCUACUAUGGAGCAAAAUCUGUCUUUGGUGGGGGUUCUCAUUCGUCCCUCCUAAUAAUGCCUCCUUGCUUAUUCUUCAACUCUGUUCACUUCCUGACUCAAAAAAGGCACGAAACUGUUGGAUCCCUAUUGUUUUAGCAACUGCAUGGCUCAUCUGGUACUCUAGGAAUGGCGUGAUUUUCAAAUCCAUGACAUGGGAUGAAAACAACCUUGCUGAUCUUGUUCAGUCAAAAACUUUUGAAUGGAUUAAAGGGAUCUCCACCUCUGCUGCAUUUUCCUUUGGAGAUUGGUGUCAAUUUCCAAUGCUGUGCUCUAAGGAGACUUAACCUUUCCCCUUUUUCCUUCUUCCUAAUCAUGUAUAUGGGAGAGUACCCCUUGUACUCAAUUUUAUAAUAAAAUUUUAAUUCAUCUAAAAUAUAUAUAUAUAUUACUGCAUGCAGAGAAAUAUAUUGUGACUUGUAACAUUUGUUCUAUACUUUCUUUACUCUGAAAUUUCUGUUGAAUGUAUUGUAAACAAUAAAGAAAUGAUUUCAAG